AUGCCGCAGGUUGUCGUAGUUGGUGCUGGCUACUACGGCCUCAUCACUGCCAAAACAUAUCUCCAGGUGACUGGCGCCUACACCCGCUCAGAAAAGAACGAGUACAACGACGAGAAUGACAUUCUUAUCAUUGACUCGGGCUCUGAGACAGGAGGUACAUGGGCUCGAGAUCGCUUAUACCCCAAUCUUUUGAGCCAGAACUCCUACGGUCAUUACGAGUUCAGCGAUCUUCCCCUAGCCACAGCUGUCCCAAACACCGCUGGUGGGAUAGAUGAAGACAAGUUCAUCCCUGGCUGGAAGAUCAACCGGUAUCUGCACAUCUGGUGUCAAAAGUGGGAUCUCACUCGGCGUAUCCGGCUGAACUGCAAGGUCGAGGGCGUUUCUCGGCUUCCGUCCAAGCAAUGGUCACUCAGCCUUAUCGCACAGACUGGCGGCACUUCCACUCCGCUCACUAUAACCUGCGAUAAGCUUAUCAUUGCUGUUGGUCUUACCUCUGAGCCCAAUAUCCCUGAUAUUCCUCGCACCGGGUGCCACCCGAUUCCUGAGAUACACGCCAAAGAUGUCGGUCUCUACUGCCAGGAUAAACUAGGCUAUGAGCCAGUUCCGAUUCAACAAAGGCCGCUCAAGUGCAACGCACAGCGUUCUUCGUUCCCAAGGUCAGUCGCGGUAUACGGUGGAGCCAAGUCGGCUUUUGAUUUCAUUCACCUCUUCGGUUCCCUCCAUCGCAAUAGUGCAUCUCUGCGGCUUAAUGAAUGCCCUCCGGAGCCGGUCCAGGUGCAUUGGAUUAUCCGAGAGGACGGACACGGCCCAGCCUGGAUGACGGAGCCCACUGCCCAGCUGGGCAAAAAACAAGUGGCGAGCGACAAGGCAGCCUGCACCCGUAUGGUCGGAUUGAUGAGUCGAUGUGUUUACGAGAUCCCUAAGCGCAUGGCAUGGCCGUCUACAACAUCGCGGUAUCACAUACCACGGAUCGAGGGGUCCUGGUUACGGCGGAUAAUCCACGAGAACCGUUUGGGACGAGCAGCAGUACGCCACGUAUGGAAGCAAGUGGACGCUUCGAUUCACGCGUCCGCCGGGUACGAUUCGCAGCCGAAGAUGGAGAAACUUCGCCCAGCCGCCAGCGCGAUUGAGUGCACCUCGCCUGGCGGCAUCGCGAAUCACCACGAUUUAUGGGAUACAAUCCUCGGUCCGAACGUCCAUAUUUAUCGCUCGAAAAUCGCCUGUCUGUCAGGGUCAUCGACAGACGCAACUAUUCAUCUCUCUGACGGCACCUUGAUCCCAUCACUCGAUCUCAUCAUUCACGCAACUGGUUGGAUACCACGUAUCCCAGUUGAAUUUGAUCCACCGGCUCUAAGAACGCAGCUUGGCCUACCAGGCCCAAAUGCGGACUAUGGCUGGGACUCAUCCGAGCAACAGGUUGAGGCAAAAAUGCGACAAAUCUUUGACCCAAGUGUUUUCAAACAUGCGACCUCGCCGGCACCAAAUACCUAUCGUCUCUUCCGUCGCGUAGCGUCGCCGUCUCUUGUUGCUGAAGGAGAUCGGUCGCUCGCCGUCAUGGGGGCCGUGUACUCUGGGGCCGUAGCCCUCGUAGCAGAGGUGCAGGCACUCUGGGCCGUAGCGUUUCUCACAGGUGGUCUUGACGGUGGCCAGGAUGGGCCGCUGAGCAACUCCGGGCGCGUAUACAAGUCCAUUGCCGAGGAUGUAGUGUGGGGACGAUUGACGGGUGUCGGACUGAAUGUGGACGCAAUCAAAUACAAUGACGUGUUGCUGCGUGACCUCGGCCUUAAUCCGUACCGAAUGGGCGGGCGGUGGUGGAAAGAGUUGCUGGCUGUGUAUGGACCGUCAUCGUACGCCGGGAUUGUUGAGGAGUGGAUGGCUCUGCGGGGGCGUGGGGAGAAGCUGUGA